UUUAUUCCCGACAAUGUCAGCAAUAUAUCGUGCCCUGAAACGUGACAAGGAUACUAGCAAACCCCAAAGUGAUAAUAGAGAAUCAAAGGUUAGGCAAAAUCGUCAAAGGUGCUUACUUAUCUCUUCUCGUGGUGUAAUCCAAAGACAUAGACAUUUCAUCAAUGAUUUGCAAUCAAUGUUGCCUCAGUCAAGGAAGGAACCAAAACUGGACACUAAAAAGAAUCUUUUUGAGUUGAACGAGCUUGCAGAGCUGCACAACUGCAAUAAUAUUAUGUACUUCGAAAGUCGCAAACACCAGGAUCUUUACAUGUGGCUUUCGAAAACCCCUAACGGUCCAAGUAUAAAGUUUCAUAUUCAGAAUUUGCAUACAAUGGAGGAGCUCAAUUUCACUGGAAAUUGUUUAAAAGGGUCGCGUCCGAUAUUGUCGUUUGAUAGAGCUUUCGAUAGUGAUAUUCAUUUGAAGAUUCUUAAAGAAAUGUUCAUUCACCAAUUUGGAGUACCUCCAAGGGCAAGAAAAUCAAAGCCUUUCAUUGAUCAUCUCAUGACUUUUGCUAUCUUGGAUGGGAAAAUAUGGAUUCGCAAUUAUCAAAUCAGCGAGCCCGUGGGUGCCGAAGCUGCAGAAGCGAACUUGGAGGAAAUGAAGUUGAUUGAAAUUGGACCUAGAUUUGUUCUUACUUUGAUAACUAUACUAGAGGGCUCUUUCUGUGGUCCCAAGAUUUAUGAAAAUAAAGAAUACGUUUCACCUAAUGUUGUGAGAUCGAAGUUGAAAGUUGAUGCUGCGAAGAAAGCUGUUCUUCGGCAAGAACGAUCGAAAAUUGCACGGCAUGGAAAAGAAAUCGGCUCCAAACUUCUGGCGGGCGACGAUCUUUUUACUUGAAUGAAAGUAUGUUUAGUUAAAGCUUCAAUAAAUCGACUCAUGAGUCAGAUGCUCAACAAAGAUUGCCUCUACAAGAUUCGAUAUAGUUGUUUCUGCUUAUGAGUUAUAGACUAUCAGUAAAGCAAUGCUAUCGCAAUCAGAGGUGCUUUUCCAAAUACUCCUUGAUGAACUUUUCCUCCUCAGGAGAGGAUGCAUCGAUUUUUGGUUCCAAUUUGACUUUUGGUGACCACGGUUUUGGAGCCACGAGAGCCACGACGGUUCCUAUAGUCGCAAUAGCGAGAUGAUGUGGGGGAAUUGCCUUUCCAAAUAGAGUGUAAGCGCCUGCCAUUUGAAG